CGACGCACGCUCACGCAGAGCACUCUCGCCUCAUCAGUCGCGCGCCUCAUGUACGCCUGUGGCGACGUCGCGCAGCCCGAGCCCGCCAGCGUGGCGCUGCUCGAGGAGAUGACCGUCGAGUACUUGACGGACCUGUGCCACCGCGCGCGGCCAUCGCCGUACUCCGUGCCUCGCGUCAAGGUCGACGACCUCAAGACGGCGCUGCGCCGCGACGACAAGAAGCUCGGGCGCAUCGAGGAGCUGCUGUACCUCGACACGGUCAUCACCAAGGCGCGUCGCGGCUUCGACGAC